AUGCCAGUCAGAAACCACGAAAAGCGCCAGUUGGGCGCCGUGACAGACGUCGCGGGCCAAGUUUCGGAAACCGCUGACAACCUUGAAUUUCACAGUAUUAACGAGAAGCGUCAGGCGGCUGUGGACACGUCGGCUGUGAGCGGCAUCGUAACCAAUAUAUUGGGCCUUGCGGGCGGCCUUGCGGGCGACGCUGUGGGUGUCACAGUUGAAAGUUUGGGCAGCGUCCUGGGCGUAGUUGUGGGUGGCGUCUUCGAAAGCGUUCUAGGCGGGGCUCUAGGCGGCACCCUGGGGAUCCGAGACGACGGUGAAUUUCACAACAUCGAUAAGAAGAACUAG